AUGGCGCAAGACUGGAUCGAACCGGUGCUGGACUUCUGGUUCGGCGAACUCGAACCCGCCCAAUGGUUCAAGCGCGACGAUGAAGUCGACGAGGCCAUCCAGACCCGGUUCGCCGAGACCUAUGAGGGCUUGCGCGCCAUGCCUUCGGCCGAACUCGUAACCGAUCCGCGCACGACGCUCGCCGCGGUGAUCGUGCUCGACCAGUUUCCGCGCAACAUGUUCCGCGACAGCCCGCGCGCGUUCGAAAGCGAUGCCCACGCGCGCGCCGUCGCCGAUAGCGCCAUUUCGGCGGGUCACGACGCGUCAAUGACCGGCGACGAACGGCAUUUCCUCUACAUGCCGUUCAUGCACUCGGAAGCGCUGGCCGACCAGGAUCGCGCGAUCGAACUCUUUCAGGCGCUGGGCAAGGAGGACGGCAUCAAGUAUGCGCACCUGCACCGCGACGUUAUCGUCCGCUUCGGACGUUUCCCGCACCGCAAUGCGGUUCUGGGCCGGCAAAGCACAGACGAAGAACAAAAACAUCUCGAUGUUCACGGCGGAUUCUGA